GUGCCCAUCGUGCACCGCGCGAGUAUAGAAUUUGGUUUCCCAUGAGCCUCUCUUUCUCUUUGCCGGUGGAGUUGCCUAUGAGGGAGCUCAUACUGCCGCCAUUAUGAAGGUCGAGUUGUGCAGCUUCAGCGGGUACAAGAUCUACCCGGGUCACGGACGACGCUAUGCGCGUACGGACGGCAAGGUUUUUCAGUUCCUGAAUGCAAAAUGUGAGUCUGCAUUCCUUUCCAAGAGAAACCCCCGUCAAAUCAAUUGGACUGUUCUGUACAGGCGGAAACACAAGAAAGGGCAGUCGGAAGAAGUACAAAAGAAACGUACACGCCGUGCUGUCAAGGGCCAGAGGGCAAUCACAGGUGCUUCUUUGGCUGAAAUAAUGGCCAAGAGAAAUCAGAAGCCUGAAGUGCGUAAGGCCCAAAGGGAGCAGGCAAUUAGGGCUGCCAAGGAAGCAAAGAAGGCCAAGCAGGCAACUAAGAAAACUGUGCCCUCCACAACAAAGGCACCUGCAAAGGCUGCGCCAAAGCAAAAAAUUGUGAAGCCUGUAAAAGUCACUGCUCCUCGUGUUGGUGGAAAACGCUGAUUUGUGUUUUGUUUACACCAAAUAAACAUUUGGCUUAAAACUUG